AUGCUCCGCCUCCGUACCUCCACCUUGGCCCAUCUCCUCUCCACUUCCUGCCCCUACAUCUCCUCUCUCCACCGCCUCCUCUCCGCCGCCGCCGCCAACCCUAGCUUCGCCAUCGGGGACUACCUGGUGGAAACCUGCGGCUUAACCCGGGCGCAGGCUGACAAGGCCUCCGCGAAGGUCUCCCACCUCAAGUCCCCCUCCAAGCCCGACGCCGUCCUGGCCUUCCUCGCCGGCCUCGGCGUCUCCAGCGCCGACGUCGCCCCCCUGGUCGCCAGAGACCCCGAGUUCCUCUGCGCCAGAGUUGACAAAACCCUGGCCCCCAACGUCGCGGACCUCACCGGCCUCGGCCUAUCGCGUGCUGAGAUGGCGCGGCUCGCCUCGCUUGACCCGGAAAGAUUCCGCAGUAGAUCCAUCGUCUCCAAGCUGCGCUACUACCUGCCCCUCUUUGGGUCCUGCGACAACCUCUUCCGAGCGCUCAAGCAUGGCUCCUACCUUCUCGGUACUAACCUCGAGCAGGUGGUCAUGCCCAAUGUCGUGUUCCUGCGACAGUGUGGCCUAUCUGAUUGUGAUAUUGCCAAGCUGUGCAUUUAUGUCCCGAGGAUGAUGACCGGUAAACCAGAGCGUGUCCAGGAGAUGGCAGUGCAUGCCGAAGGUCUUGGUGUGCCCCGUGGCUCUGGGAUGUUCAGGGAAGCGCUGCAGGCUGUCGCAUUCCUCAGCCAGGAGAAGAUCACGGCCAGAAUGGACUACUUGAAGAAGACGUUCAGGUGGUCCGAUGCCCAAGUGAGCAUUGCUUUGAAAAAAGCUCCAACCCUGAUCAGGAGGUCUCAACACAUGCUGCGGCGCAAGUCUGAGUUCCUGAUUUCGGAGGUGGGGUUGGAACCGGUGUACAUUGCCCAUCGACCCGCAAUGAUCUGGUUGAGCCUGGAGGGCCGCCUCAGACCCCGGCACUACGUUCUGAAGUUUCUCAAGGAAAAUGGGAUCCACGACUGGAGCUUCUUUGGCGCAGUCCUGAGGACCAAUGAUGUUUUCAUGGAGAAGUACAUAUGUCCUCACAAGGAAGUUGCGCCACACCUUGCUGAAGACUAUGCAGCCGCUUGCAGAGGGGAAGUGCCAACUAAUUUCAGAUUUACGUCAACCAAAGUCGGGCUAUGAAUAUUGGUUACUGCGUAGUAAGCUGGUAAUUCUUGUUCCUGUCUGUAUUCUCCACCUAACUGGAUGCUGGUUGUCUUAUAUAAUUCGUGAUGAAGUACAUAUGUCCUCACAAGGAAGUUGCGCCGCACCUUGCUGAAGACUAUGCAGCCGCUUGCAGAGGUGAAGUGCCGGCUAAUUUCAUAUUUGCAUGAACCAAGAAGGGCUAUGGAAAUUGGUAACUGCUUAUUCCUAUAAUGGUGUUCAUCUAAUUGGAUGUUGAUUGGCUUCUAUAAUACAGCCACUAUGUAUGUUACUUGCUGCUUUGUCAUUGCUAAUUCCUGAUGAAACUUAUAAUUUGGUUCAUGAACCUGGAUAUGUUGAUCUCGCCAUUCCUUAGAGAAGAAAGCAUCACCUGCAAUCUAUGAAAAUGAGAAGUCCAUGGAUAUAUUUGUGUUUCUUGCUUCCAUGAAUAGCCUGGAAAUUUGAUGUGCGGGUGGACAAUUUUCUUAUCAAACCACAAAUCAAAAGAAUAAUCCCAUGUCAUUUUCUACUGAAAAAUAUCAUUGAUCUACUAUCAUGCCAAAGAUUAUCUAGUAUGUUCCAUUUUCAUUUCGUUGUCUUUUAGAUUCCAUCAUAUGUCUGUUACUACUAACUUGGCAGUUCACUGAAUAACUUGGUUAUGCUUUGAAAAAAUUCUAAUGGGUGUCUGUUUGUUGCAUUUUUUAUUUCUGAACCCCUUUAAGGAUUUAUUGACUUUAAAGAAUAGUACUGUACCAUAGUUGACUCUACUUUAGUUGAUUUUUUUUUAAAUUGGAAAAGGUAACCUGCCUGGGACUAAUGCAUGAUCUACAAACGAAUUAGUCUUAUCAUUUUCAUCUGUCAUUAAUCAUUGGAACUAAACUGAUGGUGGUUCCAUGAAUAAACAAGCAAAUCAAUAAUGGAUAAAUUUAUAUUUUCCGAGCGAACAUGAAGAAGAUAAGGAUAUGAGAAUUGGCCACUGUAAGCUACAUCUUAGACCGAGGCAAAAGUUCUUUGUUUGUAUCAAUCUACUUUUUCAGUGCUUACAUAUGUGGAAGCGUAUCGGUUAACAAAACUACAAAGAUAUGUUUUGGCAGCAAAAGUAGCCAAUGUGAAAUUGUAGGUUUAAGUUUUGAUUUUGCAAAGCCACCAAAUUCAGUUCACUAUUUUGCUUUGAGCUGAGCUAUAAAUUGUUACACAACACUGACACCAUAGACCCUUUGUCCAUCCUAACAUAUAAAAGUUGUAAUUGGUGUGUUUAGUGAUGUAAUUCUGUGUUUAAGUUGUUUUUAAUAAUGCAAGAGCGGUAAGCUAUCCCCUCUACUGUUCCAUGCCAUUAUAUAUUGUUCUCUGGAGAUCGAUGCAUCAAACAUCUUCCCUGUUAAAACUUAAAACACACAAAAGAUCAUGGCCAUUUCGAUCUAAAGUGCAGCAAUUACUUGUUUAACAAAACUUUAAACGGCUGUUGCGGCUGAUGAUCAACAAAAGUGAGCAGUAGUAUAUGUUCAGUGGAAAAUAUACAGUAAUGUUCAUGAAUGGGUAUGUUUCUGUUAAAAAAAUACAGUAACUUAGCCCUCAGUCCUUACAUAUAUUGUAUCAUAUCCUCUGCUCGAUCCUCCAACAUCGUGCUGACUACAGUACUAUUUUUGUUAUGCCAAAAUUUAUCAUCUCAAGGUUCUUUUAGUACUGACUUAUAGUUAUGGACUGUCUGCAUGGGAUAUGAUAUGGUCAUGUUCAGGUGAUAUUCUUUGCAGUCUCCUCUUUUUUGUCUGUCAGAUUGUGAAAUGUUGUUGGAACACUAUCUUUCGCAUAGCUGAACUUCCUUCUCGUUUAGAUGGAAUGCUGAUACUGAUUUGUUGCUCCUUCAUUUCCCUCUAAUGGUAGUGUUGGUUUGACAUAAUUCCUCCCUUCUAUCCCUUUUUGCCCCAUUGCAGGGGUUCAUCUUGAACAUGGUUCAGUGGUCCCAUGAAUUAUAUUUCCCCCCCAAGUUCAGAUUCUGGGAGUUCUUCUGGAAUUGGGAUGUUAGGUUCCGCCAUAUGUCUGUUACUACUAACUUUGCAAGUUCAAUGAAUGUUUAGAUUAUGCUUAGAAUGGUGAUAGUUGUAGAAGCAUAAAAGAGGCCCAUGUCCAUCGAGUCGGAAGGGCUGCCCAUUCCCACCCAAAGCCUCUUGGGGUCUCUGCAUUUGUACCAAGGCCAACAUCAUGCUACUACAGUAUUAGUUUUGCUAUGCCAAACUAUUUCAGCUCCAGGUUAAUUUAGUACUUAAUUCAAGUCUCUCCAGGUGACAUGUUUUCGCAAGUUUCUUUUUUAUAAAAGUUGUUGGAACACUAUCCCAGUACUUCCUUGUUGAUCAGUGCGGACUUGGUGGAUGGUGACGCUUCUUUCUAUGAUCAAAUGAAACCGCCGGAGUGAGACAAUGUUAUUCAGUGAUUUGUUGCUCCUUGAGUUGUACCGUUGGUUUUUUCGAGUGUUUUCUUGAAUCGGGUUUAUCCAGCACGAUGAAUCGGCUUCAGAUAGAAACAACGACAUCACACUGACGCCAUCCUCGCCUUCCUUGCCGGCCUCGGUCUCUCCAGC